UAAUUCUUCACUUCAAUGAUUUCAUCAAAGACUAGAAAGUCAAUAAGAAGAAACACAGGUCUUGUCUCAGUAGGAUCCAAUACAAAUUUUUCUUCUAAAGGACCCAAGAAUCCUAUCAGAGAUGUGAUAAUUUGCAAUAUCCAACAGAACAAACAAGUGAAGGAAACCACUGGCCAAAGCAGAGCCAAGUCAACUCCUUCAGGUAACAGAACAGGCACCCCUCAAAGAUAUUUCAGAAACAGCGGAUAUAUAAAAGCAGACCUCGGCAUGAACUUUCGAGACAAAAUGAUAAAAAGCAGCCACAACUAUAAAAGAGAUUUUAAACUACGCAAUAGUCUUCGGAUUGGAGAUCCUAAGAGUUUUAAGAGCCGCAAGAGAAUUAUAAAGCAAAGGAAGUCUAACACAGGCUCGAAGAAGGAAUUUAUUAACAAAACUCGCCCGUUCUCGUCUCAAGGCAAGAUCAGGAACAUGUGCUUUGUUUCAAUGCAGCAGCAGAUUAUGAUCAGUAAGCAUAAGAAAGGGUGACUCGGGAUCAGAGACAGCAACAAAAGUUGUAACCCCAACACACAUAAAGCUACUUGCAACAAACAGGGCCGAGAGAGUGAAUCUGUAGGCAAAGAAGAGUUUGAACUUGAUGUCUAUGGCAAAGACAACAUGUUCACUGUUUCUCUUGAGGAUAAAAGUAAAUCUGCUAAUCAAGAGGCAAAACCAACCAAGCAUUCUGUUGAUGUUGGAAAGAUUUUGUACAAUAUGAAUCAUCUUCCAACAAAACCAAUUUUAUUGGCAACGAAUCCGGUCACAAGAGAAGACCCUUCAUGGGGAGCUGGAGCACAGAAGGCUCAGAGUUUAGUUCAUCUGACUGAGAAUAAGGGGCAUUACAAGCAUUUGUCAAGGUUUUUGGAAGGCAAGAUAGACAAAUAAAGAAGGAGUCACCUGCUCGCCAGUUAUCCCAAAUCAGUAUGAUGGAGCUGAUCUAAACAGAGUAAAAGAUGAUGACGAGAGUUCAAUUAAAGGUUCUUUCCGUUCAUCAGCUUUCGACAAUUUGCUUACUAAAGAAAUAUCUCUGGCAAGAACGGCUUUUAGGAGCCAAUUUAGAAUGCCUCUUGCUAGAAAGAGCAUGGUGCUCCAUAAAAAUAAGAUGAGACCCCACAGUAGAGGACAAGAGAAACUUCGAGGCAAUGAAGGUUCUCGCCAGACGAGCCGCAAGAGAAGUCGGCCCACUACUGCUCUUGUCAACUUUGAAGGAAAGCAGGUUAAAGGCCCAAAUCCUCUAAUAGAUGUGAGUAAAUCCAAAGUGAAAUAAAUAAAGCUGGUUCGAGCCUACUGAACGAGGAUCUGAAUUAUGAAGAAUUCCAUAAAAGGUCCAGCUCGACGGCUGAAGAUCAUAAGAAAAAAUUUAUGUGAAACCAGCCUCAUAAGAUACGACUCAAACUCAAGAAAAACUCUCAGAAUGCAGAAAGGCCAAUCUUGCUGUAUCGUAAAGGCAAGAUCCCUAGCAAGCUAAAAGGCAAAUAGGCCUCUAAAAGGAGGCUUAAGCAGAUACAAAAAGAAUUUGACUGUUGAUCCAGGUUCCAUCCAAGGGCCAGGGAGGAUGAAGUUCGAUCCCCAGAAGACAUCGUUGAUACCAAGGUUGAAGAUCGAUUCCUAAGAAUAACUAAGUUGCCUCACUGUAAGAUUAACUUGAAGGCAACAUUCUGAUGUAGGAGCCACACCAUAAAGUUUGCCAGAAUAAUAUUUGGUGAAGUGAGAUUCCAGAAAAAUUGAUUC